AAGAAGCAUGUUUGCCCCGAGUGCUUCAAACGCUUCAGUCGUCCCAGUAGUCUUCGCAUUCAUACGAAUACUCAUACUGGUAUUACCCCUUUUUCAUGUCCAUAUCCGGGAUGCGGAAGAAGGUUCAACGUGAGCUCAAACAUGCGUCGUCAUUACCGGAAACAC